UAUACGAUGACACGCUUGCGGGGUUCUCCUCUCGCUGUUGCUGCUGGUGCUCUUCUCCUGCUACUCGUGUUGGGCUCGCCGCGCUGCGCGGCGGCAAGCGGCGGGGGGAGCGCGGUGGUGCUGCCGGUGAACAAGGACGACGCUACGCAGCAGUACGUGACGGUGUUCCGGCAGCGGACGCCGCAGGUUCCCGUGAAGGCCGUGCUGGACCUCGCGGGCGCCAUGCUCUGGGUGGACUGCGAUGCCGGGUACGUGUCGUCGUCGUACGCCGGCGUGCCCUGCGGGUCCAAGCCCUGCCGCCUCCUGAAGAACGCCGGCUGCGCCGUCAGCUGCCUCGACGCGCCGUCCUCGGGCUGCCUCAACGGCACCUGCGCCGAGUUCCCGAAGAACACCGUCACGAGCGUCAGCACCGCCGGCAACGUCCUCACCGACGUGCUGUCGCUGCCCACCACGUUCCGCCCCGCGCCGGGGCCGCUCGCCACCGCGCCGGCGUUCCUGUUCACCUGCGGCCGCACGUUCCUGACCGAAGGCCUCGCCGCCGGCGCCACCGGCAUGGUGUCCCUCAGCCGCGCCCGCUUCGCGCUCCCCACGCAGCUUGCCGGCACCUUCCGCCUCCCCCGCAAGUUCGCCCUCUGCCUCCCGGCGGCCUCCGCGGCCGGCUUCGUCGUCUUCGGCGAUGCGCCUUACACGUUCCAGCCCGGGGUAGACCUCUCCAAGUUUCUCACCUACACCCCGCUGCUCGUCAACCCGGUGAGCACGGCGCCGUACGGCCGGAAGGACAAGUCGACCAAGUACUUCAUCGGCGAGACGACCAUCCAGCUGAACGGCCGCGUCUGGAGGGAGAAGCCAACCGAUUACUUCGUCGGCCUGACGGGCAUUAGGGUGAACGGCCGCGCCGUGCCGCUGAACGCGACGCUGCUGGCCAUCGACAGGAAGGGCGUGGGCGGCACCAGGCUGAGCACGGUGUCCCCCUACACCGUGCUGGAGAGGUCCAUCCACCAGGCGGUGACCGGCGCGUUCGCGAAGGAGAUGGGCGAGAUCCCCCGGGCACCGGCGGUGGAGCCGUUCGAGCUGUGCUACGACGGGAGCAAGGUGGUGGGAGGCGCCCGGGCCGUGCUGCCGGCCAUCGAGCUGCAGCUGCAGAGCACGGCAGCGCCGUGGGUCGUGCUCGGGGCCAGCUCGAUGGUGGCCGCCGGCAAGGGCGGCGCGCUCUGCCUCGGCGUGGUGGACGGCGGCACGGAGCCGCAGACUUCGGUGGUGAUCGGCGGGCGCAUGAUGGAGGAGACCCUGCUGGAGUUCGACCUCGAGGGGUCGCGGCUUGGGUUCAGCUCCUACCUCCCGUCUCGGCACACGACCUGCGACAACUUUCGCCUCGGCUAGCGUAGUAGCGAGUAGCAAUGCCAAUGCUGGCAGCUGCCUACGCAGCUAAUCUCUCGUCUCACAAACUUCCGAAAUAUUUUUCCUAUAUUUUGCAGUUGCAUUUGGAAUAAAUUGCUCAUCCACCGUUGUGAGCAAACGCAUACUAAUGUAUUGUACUUUGUACCAUGGUUUCCAGGAGCUCGAAGAGAG